CGGAGGCCGUGGGACAGACUAUAGCUGGGCCUAAUACGAUUUUUUUUGCUCGCCUCACGAGCUGUGUCUUUCACGCCCUGCUUGGUAUCUCUACGUCGACGGCUUUGCGGUACCGUGGUGAAUUCCAGCGAGGCGGGCUCUUUGCACUGCCCCGGUAAUUUUGGGGAUCAUGGAGUGUUUAAGGAGCUGCAUUGUUCUGGUGUUGUUGGGAGGGGCCAAGUUGUCAGCACCGACUGUUUUGGCCUUCGGAGAUCCAAACAGCGUGUUUUGCUAUUCCAAUCCCUGUCAGAACAACGGAACCUGUGUCAACAUGCGACGUCCGGGAAGUGACCAGUCUCUAUCCUUUUGCAAGAACGAUUUAUGUUACAAGCUGAUCCUGGAAAGGAACACUUGGGAGGAGGCUACAAUAGCAUGCAGCGUGAUGGGUGCAUCCUUGGUUAGCUUAGAUACCAGCGAAAAGGAGCAGGCCCUCGUGAAUACAAUCAAAGAUUACCGUCUGCACAGAACACAGUCCUCCCCGAACAACCCGGGUGGGUUCUGGUCCAGUGGCAACAACUUACUCUUGGAGGACCAAUGGACCUGGGGAGCGGACCCUAACCGUCCUGUGAUGUCCGGUUCGUUUCCUCCCUACGUGAGCCGCACUCGUCGUUGCCUGAUGCUGAACACUGACUUAAUGAUAUGGUCCAGGAUACAACUAGCGACUGAAAUUUGCGAGAGGCGCUUAUACUUCGCCUGUGAGCUGACGCCUGAGGCUCUGUACCAGGAGAGGACUUUUCAGUGCCUUUGUGAGGAAGGAUACUUUGGUGAAUUCUGUGAGCGAACUCUAGAUCUCCAGACAGAGACAGUUUGCAGUGAUGCCCUCCUUAAUCUGACCUGUGACCUCAACAAACACUUGACCAUCAUUAGAGGAACCUACCAUCUGGACAGUGGCAGGGAAGUCUGCUCUGAGACCUCUGGAGUCAGGCCUACUGUUAACUGUGUUUUAAGGACCAAUUUGAACCACUUCCUUGAAAAUAAGCACCUGUCCAAGUGCGAGGGACGGCAACGCUGUACCACCAUUGUUGCUGAUGACACGAUACGAAGCUCAGAUGAUUGGUGCCUCAGCCAUCCGAUAUAUGCCAAGGUGGAGUAUGGAUGUCAAGACACCUUCUCCAUGCAUACCUGCCAAUCCUCCAUGGCCAAACUGUCCUGCGAGAAUUCCACUGGCCAGCCGUUCAUACGUGUGGAGGUUGCCACGUAUGGACGACUGCAUAGUAGUGCCCAUUGCGCGGACAGCACCCUGCAGCCGGGACAGUUGCCUGUCACUGACUGUCGCUCUAUCAACACACUGGAUCUUGUAGCAGGAAGGUGUAAUGGUUUGCCCUCGUGUAACAUCCAAGCAUCGGAUGACGUCUUUGGAGAUCCUUGCAAGGGCGUCUACAAAAAACUUGACAUCACUUAUCGAUGUGUGGAAAAUCUCACCGCGGCCUCGGCCACCUACCCUUUGACUUAUGGCAUAGCUACCUUACCUCCUCCGGUUCUCUGCCCUGCCGUCAACCACUCUGGUGUCGUGUGGCGUCCUACUAGGGAAGGCCAGUCUGACGUCCAGAGAUGCCCAAAUGGGCAAGACGGGUUAGCCUACUGGCUCUGUGACAGACAGACCCAUGGCCAGUGGUCAACAAUGGGUCCAGAUCUUAGCCGAUGUACCUCACCAUGGAUAAAUAAUAUUUAUAAACAGAUUGAGAGCGGGUCGGAAUCAGCCAGCUUCUUGGCCAAAUUGGUGCUGAACAACACAGCAAGCUCAACAGCACAGAACAGUGACUUCCAAAAAUCAUUGUCUUUGAUGGAUGACCUGCUGAAACUACAAGACAAGCAGCUCUUACGCCUAGACGAAGAGGAACAGCAGUCCACAGUUGAAGCAUUCGGGGAGAUCGUAAUUAAAUUUGGAAGUAAUGUCUUGGACUCUGACAAGCAGGACACCUGGGCCUCACUGACUGCGAAUGAUGGUUCGUCGGAAUCGUCGGCAGCUGUGACUCCUACUGACGUUACUGAAAACCUGGAAAAUACAGGUUUCCUAGUGGCUCAGUAUCUCGGCCCGGACAAGAGCCAUGUCACUAUUCACUCAGAGAACAUAUUGAUGGCUGUGGAGGUAGUGCCUAAGGAGAAGACAGGAAAAGCUGUUUACUUUCAGGACACGAGGAAGACUGACGAUGGAACCAACAGUGUGCGGCAUACCAUCACCUUGCCACCUUCUGCUACUAACAUCACAGGCAUAGGUUCAACCCAGGUAGUCUUCUUAGUCUAUGAAAGCCUUGGGGAAUACCUCACAGACACUGCUAUUGACGAGGGCGUGCAAGGGAUCAGAGGGUCUUUGAACGAGAGUGACUAUGCAUUAGAUAACAAGACUGAUGGUUCCAUUGGCCUGAUGUUGAAUUCAGCUGUGGUAUCUGCCUCUGCCAAAAAACAUGAGGAACAGCUCACAACGUUUGAAAAUGAGGAAGAAAUCCAACUGACAAUAAAACAUGCCUUGCCAAACAUAACUGGAAAUGUGACUUGCGUUUUCUGGAAUACAUCAAAAAGCUUAGGGAAGAGCGGUGCCUGGUCUAACAAUGGAUGUCGACUGGUUUCCAGUAACCUUACUCACAGCAUCUGUGCAUGUAAUCACCUGACAAACUUUGCCAUUCUCAUGGACGUCACCGGUACCCACACGACGAUUGCCCCGGUCCACGAGAAAAUACUGACAGUUUUAACAUAUGUCGGUUGUGCCGUUUCCAUCGUCUGUUUGUUGUUGUCUUUUUGUGCGUUUACAUUUUUCAAAAAUAUUUGGAGUUUACGAGUGACCAUCCAUCGUAAUCUAUGCUUCAUGCUCCUAGUUGCCAAUGCAUUGUUUGUCGCAGGUGUGGAACAAACACAAAUAAAGACGUUGUGUUCAGUGAUCGCUGGUCUGCUGCAGUACUCCUUUCUCUCUGCCUUUGUCUGGAUGUCUCUUGAAGCCGUUCAGUUCUACAUCAUGCUGGUCCACGUGUUCUCCACCCAGUCUCGGCGCUGGCCUUACUACCUUGCUGGAUACGGUAUUCCAGCAAUUGUUGUAGGUGUUUCUGCUGGCAUUAACCACUCUGGAUACGGGACAGACAGAUACUGUUGGUUGACGACAGAUGACUCUUUUAUCUGGAGUUUUACUGGACCAGUUGCUAUCAUCAUUGCUGUGAAUCUUGUGUUGUUGGUAGUUUCCCUUCGCAUUGCCUACUCCUCUAGAUCAUCAAUCAACAAAGGAAUCACUCAGAAUGACAUCAGGCCGUGGAUCAAGGGAGCGACAACUCUUCUUUUCCUCCUUGGCAUUACCUGGGGAAUCGGUUUCUUUUUCAUCAACCAACAAUCCUUGGUUAUGGCUUACAUCUUCACCAUUCUCAAUUCAUUACAGGGACUUUUCAUCUUCAUUUUCUAUUGCCUCGGCAAUGAGCGAGUGAACUCAGAGCUGCGGAAGUUCCUGAAUCGCCAGGAAUGGCUGCCAGCUUGCAUCAGGAAGCGAUACGGGAGGGACACCACCUCAAGCCACAGCUGGAGUCAGAAAGGGGCUACCAUAGCCCGUCGUCAGACACGCCGCCAUGAAGAAUACCGCAACAAAUCUGCCGUGACAAUCCAGAGCGAGAGUGCUCCUCCGACACCUCUAGAACACAUGUACCAGGACACCAACCCUGUCAUCACUGUCAAGCUGGUGGACGAAGACGACAACGAAGGCACCAACACAGAGACCGAGACCACCAACGUGGCAUUUGACACUGACAGCUUGGCCGAAACAACCACCAUAGCAGACACAAGCCAGAGCGGGCGUUCUUGGCUACACAGCGCUACAAAUACAGCUGGUGCUGGGAACAAAACAGGAAGCGGUAAUCGGUACCCAACCAUCAAUCAUGAGUAAUUCAAUGCAGUAGGCUUUUUGAUUCCAAAUCACUUCACAUGCCAAAGUUGACUUGGACAAAUCAAGUCUUUUCUAUGUUACCAUGGUGACAUUUCCAUUUUAGUUCUCAACUCCUUGACCUUUCUUUGGUCACAAAAUGAGAUUGAUAGUACAGCAUUAAAAAUCUAACCUACAAAAUGUAAAAAAACCAGUGGUUAAAAAACAUCUAUCAACACACUGUCCGUCAGUAAUACCGUCAUAAAGUGACAAAAUGUUCCUUAUUUGACGACGUUGCUAACUGGAGUAAUUCCAUUGGUUUCUGUGUCAGUCUGUUGAACCGAAUGCCAUAUCUGCUCAAGAAACGGAUCAACAGAUGUUGUCUUUGGCAGAAACUGCACUGCCCUUCAACUGUCAAUGUCUACGCAUGUAAAAAUAACAUUCUUUGAAGCUGCUUGAGUGGUCGUCAUGUGACAUGUAUUGGUGAAUAUAACAUUUAUGUAGCAGACUUUGCAUGAGAUAAAUAUUGAUUUACCACACAGUAGUUUAGCUGAUAACGACAAGUUCCAAGCACUUUUUUCAAAGGUUUCGCAAUGCUUUAUUUGACAUCUAUAGCUUGCAUACACAGAGUUCCUAAAUUGGCAUAAAUCAAUCUUGUGUAAUGCAGGACUGUGAAAGAAGUACAUAAGACUUGAACGAAAUUUGCUUUAGACUACUAAAUACAACAGAAACAUAUUUCAUCCAAUCAAUGAGCAGCACUAGACUACCAAAGAUGAUUGUCUUAUAGUUUAUUGAUGUGUCAACAAAAACGUGUAAUUGUGCUUUUUUCACUUUCAGCUAAGUUCCUGGAGUAAGAAGUUUAAAGACAGCUUUAAAAAAAAAA